AUGCUGGCAGCUGCGUGGGUGUCGCUACUCACGAACCAGAUACUUCCUGCCUGGUCCGUGCAUGAAAUCUUGGAGUGCCAGGGGGCAUGGCAUCGAUUUCGAGGUCGUCUGUACCGCGUCUCGAGCGCACCAGCUGCCUCCAACCGGGACCUGGCGCUAAUGUUGGGGGACAUUGCCUUGCUUCUGGACGACUACCGAUCGCAGCUAGAAGACUCGGAAGCACCUCGCAGCGAGUGUCCCCUGGGGCAUGUUGCGUUGCAUCUUGCCGAAGCCUUGCCCACAGCUGCCAGCCGCAGCCUGGAGGAGGCGGAGGAGCUCCUGGGUCGUGACCUCCAUGUUAUGCAGGCCCUUGGCUGGAACGCCCUGGUGCGAUCCGGCUGGCCUGUGUUCCAGCUCCUAUACCUCCUGUACCGGUGCAUGGUACAAAGCCCUCAGCAUCCAAAACAUGAUCCAUGCAUCGACUCUGACGGCUAUGCCUGGAAGCUGCAGGAUAGGCUUCUCCACAGACCAAACACAGACGAGGUAGGCCUCAUGGCUGCCAGUUGGGCUUUCAUUGCUAGUGAGGAGGCUCAGAGGUGCCAGCUUCUGGCUUCAGCUGCGCUGUUGGCUAUGGUUUGGAUAAGACUUCCCGUUUACGACGCUGAGAGUGAAGGGCUCAUCAGGGUGGCCGAAGCACAGUCUGGCAUUUGGGACAUGCUGUCAGCUGUGGCCGGUCACCCCUUACUGCUCACAGCCGCGCGUGUGUGCUCUGCCUACCAGCUCCUGAUCCACCUGGGCCGUGGCGAGAAGUUGGAGCACCCCGAGCCGGAGGGCUCCGAGCAGGAAGCCGAGGAGAGGAAUCUGAGUGAACCGGGCUUCUCAGCAUCUUGCCGGGAGGAUGAAGACCAUCGCUGCGUGGUGCGCUUCGCAAGGACGUCCUCCGGGAAUUGCAACUUCUUCGCCCCCAUUCAACAGGCGCUGGAGCCUUGGAGAGCAAGGGGCGGCAUUUACCUGGAGGAUCAAAUUCGGGCCUUCCGGCCGACGACGGACCAGAAGACCGUCCUCUACAGGCUCAUUGGAGAGGAUCUGAUACAGGCUUCGACGGAGCGCAUGGUCUGUGGGGAGCUGCGGAACUUAGACCGUUGGCCGCUGCCGCAGCAGGAUCUGGUGAUGCCCGAUGACCUGGCAAUUCCAGCCAUCAGUCCGGAGGAGCUGAAAGACCUCGAGUUCUAUCUAGAGACAGUGACCGCGAAAGAGUUUCCUCGGGGUGUUGGCCAGGGACGUGCGCCACAGGACGGCGCAGCCAAGUCAGCAGACACCGCCGUGGCAACGGCACGUGGCGCAGAGCAGGGGAUUUGUGAUGUGCGCGCUCCUUUGCAGAAGAAGAAGGCGGACGUCGCGUUGAAGUGGCUCCCAGAACAGGACCUCCACAUUCAUGGCCGGCGGUUGGCUCUGCAGUCGCCGAAGUUAAAGGUCUCCCUGAAUGAUGGCCUGCGGGUAGAUGUCGGUGCUGUGGUGGAUGUGCUGGUGCCCAUAGUGAUCGAGGAUGCAGAUGUGGCCAAAGUCGUCAUGCAGGAGUAUCCCCUCAAAAAGGAGAUCGUAGUAAAGAUCGAGGACAGGUUGGCGACGCUAACAACCACGAACAUCGUGGAGAGCAAUAGAUAUAGCCCCCGCGGUGCAGACCAGGUAAACCUGGAUACUCUGGAUGACUGGCGGCCUGAAGGCAAACUGGAGGUCCGACAGGAACUGGAGGACCUACCUCGGCGUCCACCGCCGGAAGUGGUCAAGAGUCUAGGGUCCGAUGGCCAACUGCAAGAAGUUCAGGUGCCGGAGUCCGUGCGCCACCCUGCAGAAGAGGCUUCUGAUGAAGGUCGCGCGGCCUGGGUGGACUUUGCGGAAGAGCAGGUGGAGGAGCUGAGGCUGCAGAUGCGCUGCCGCAAUCAGUUGGCCUCAGACCUACAGGUGAUUGAGGCAGAUUUGCUUCAGGGCCGCCUUCCAUCCAUCCCUGUGGAGCUCCUGGGUCUUGCGUCAUCGGAAGACUGCACGACCUGCCUCAUUCCCAUACCCGAAGGAGAUUGCCUGAAGUUUCAAAAGGUGGCCUUCGAUGAGGCGAAGGAUCUUGCAGACUGGACCGGCAAGCUCCGCGAGGGUUGGCAGGAGAGAGCAGAGGAGCCGAUGGUCAAGGAAAAGUUGGCCCAGUUUUUUGCUUGCGCUGAUGCCUGGCACGCGCGGACUGUGCAGGCUGCUCAAGCCGCUGAAAUUCAAAGACUGGGUUGGGGCCGCGACACGGAUGAUGGUACCUUGGCCGCCGAGGUGAGCCAGAUGAUCGCUGACACCCCGGAGCUUCAAGACCAGGAGACCCUUCAAGCGCAGUAUUUGGUGAACCUCAUGGAUGAGAGUGGUUUGAAAGAUCUCGGGGACCUCGAGGGCAUCGUGCCCUAG